CUCCAAAUCUCGCGAGACCCAGCGUUCCGCGCGCGCUCCCGGACCGGCGCCCCCUGCACCCCUGCCCUUCGUCGCGGCCAAGAUGGCGACGGCAACUAGUCUGAUCCGGCGGCUCCGCAACUUCCUGGCGGGGCGGGAUCUCCAGGCGAAGCUGCAGCUGCGCUACGAGGAGAUCGCUAAGAGGACCCAGCCGCCGCCGCGGCUCCCGGUGGGCCCCAGCCACAAAUUCGCCGAUAACUAUUACUGCAACCGGGACGGGCGCCGAGAGUCGCUGCCGCCCCUGGUGGUGGCGGCGGCGCAGAGAACACUGCCGGCGGGGGCACAAGCCGGCGGUUCAGGUGCUGCAGUGACAACAACAGCAAAGAAACCAGUGACACCAGGACCACCGCUUAGGAAGUGGGAAAUUUCCAAGGAUGAGCCCUACUUGUGAGCAGGGAGUGAGCUGAGGCUGUAUGAUGGGCACAGGUGGUUCCAGAGCAGCUCUGAUGGGGAGGCUGUGCUGGAUGUGGCUCCAGGCUGCUGGAGGGAGCUGAUGUCUGAUUAAUAAAUGUAUAUAAAACAGUGAUUACUCCCCCCA